GACACAGAAGACAACUUGCCACCACCAGCCGCAACCAACAACAAAGAAACACCACAAGUACAAGAGCAACAACAACAGCAGUCGCCACACACAGAAAGAUGGAGGAGACUGCAGCAGGACCAGCGAAGAAGAGCGGCACCACACUGUCCGUGGAUCGGGCCGCAUUCCUACUCCUGCGCGUCCGUAAGGCGUUCAAGAAGAAGCGACAGCAGCGCAAAGAGCGACAGGCCCAACAGAGCAGCGCCGCUGCGGGUGGCAGUGCGAGUGUUGGCAGCGGUGGCGGCUCUGGGUCACAAUCGCGCACGGGCAGCCGCAAGCUGCCGCCACCAUUGUUACGGUCGCGCACACUGCCCGCCAUCAUUGUGCCAGGACUUCCGGUCGUCUCGCUGCACACGGAUAAGCAAACAUUUCAAUUGGACGAGCGACUGUUGGCCAGCAAGAGCCGCAGUGGCAGCGCCAGUGGACAUCGCUGGUCGUUGCUCACCCGUGCCGGACACAGCGGUGGUGGUGGUGGCACCGGCAGCGGCACCAGCAGCGGCAAUCCUGGCAACACGACCAGUGCCACAAGCAGCAGCAGCACCAACAACAACAACAACACCCAUUUGGCCAACAACAACAACACGCUGAUGGUGAAGUCAUUGAAUUUGCCAAAGGAUGAUAGCAGUCUGGUGUAUCGGCGCAAGUCCUCGGGCAGCACUCCUCACCACCACCAAACGACUCACUCAACACUGCAGCAGCAGCAGCAACACCAACACCAACAGCAGCAACAGCAUCAAUUGCAGCUGCAACAGCAACAUUUGGGGGACAGUUCGUUGUUUCAGCUGUCGGAUGACUUUGAGUGCCAUGCGGAUGGCUCGUUGCUGCUCAGGAUCCCCGCCCCACAUGUGGUGGCAGCGCGUGCCUAUCGUCUGGCAGCCAGAAAGCGUGCCGCAGCCACAUCGGAGGCCACCACACCGCUGGCCAGAGAACACACCCUCCACGAAUUGCCGCUGGUCGAGGCAUCGGCAUCUGCAUCCGGCUCUGGCUCCAGCUCGGGCACGACCUUCACUCGCCUGGCCAAGCUGCUGCAUCAAUCAAGUGGCUUCGCAGGCAGAUCCAAUCUGCAGCCGCCGCCUGGUGACACCUCGGCUGUGAGUCUGGGACUUGGUCUGGGUCUGGGCGAGGAUGCGCCCCGUCGUCUGUCCUGGGAGAGGCGCAAGGACAGCAGUGCACUUCAGCGCUCGGCCAGCAUCGACUCCUUUGCCGAGAUUGUGUUUAGUGACCUGCCACGCCCCUCGCUGGCCGUCACGGCGCCAGGUGGUGGUGGCUUCUCGCCCUCGCCCUCACCGUUCAGCAAGCGUCCCUCUGCCAGCAGUCUGUACUCGACAUCCUCCACCGGCACCACAUUCGGCGGCCAGGCGCACGCCCAGCUGAAUGUCAAUUACGGCGACCUGGGCUUCGGCUCUGGAACUGGCUCCGCGACGGGUUCGAGUGGCGGCCAUCUCCAUCAUCACCAGCAUCCAGGAAACGGGAGCAGCAGUGCCAGCAGCAGCCGGCGGGAGAGCAUGCUGAGUCCAUCCUCCACCCGACGCUCCAAGCUGACCAGAAUUAUAAACGCUCUGUUCUCGGCCGUGGAGCAUGGACAUCUGGACAAGGCACGCACCAUACUGGAGUCCACCGAUGUGGAUGUGAACAGCAUUAACAAUGAUGGUCUCUCCGCCUUGGAUCUGGCCGUUCUGAGCAACAAUCGCUCCAUGACCAAGAUGCUGCUUCAACGUGGCGCCAUGGAGGGCUCCCAGUUUUCAGCGGAGAACAUCGGCAGCAAGCUAAAUGGACUGCUGCAGGACGCCGAGUCGCGCAUUCACGAUCUGAGCGGACCGGAGGGCCUCUGUCCACCCAUUUUCGCUUCGCGACCCUCCAUCUCGAGCAUCAUAAUUGGCAACUCGAGUGCCUCUGUGACUGGCUGCACGGGCAGCGAGGUGGAGAAACAGAUCGGCAUUUGGGAGCGACGAGUCAAGGGUCUGCGACGCCUGCUGCUGGGCUGGGACCAGGCCAGGCCGCCAGAUGCACCCGCCUCGGUGGUCGUAGAUGUCACCGGCGACAAUUCCAUCAGCGUACAAAUCCUGGAGCCCUUUGAGGGCGCCAUCGGCACGAAAUUUAAAGUUCAAUGGUCGACCCGCGCUGACUUCAAUAAUGUGGUGGGCGAGAGCGAGCUGCUGGAGUGGGUGAGCUUCCAUGGCACAAUGGGCGCCCAGUGUCACAUAUCCGGUCUCACCCAGGGGCGUCGAUACUUCCUGCGCGCAUCCUGCGGCAACGUCAAGGGUUGGGGAGCCUACCGCAGCUCGGUUCCAGCCAGCGUGGUGCCAUCCACCUGGCGUGACUUGGACAAUCGCGAGGACCGAUUUGUGGGUCGCCAUCGUAUUCUGGACAACCUGUUUACGGCCGUGCGUUUGGCCCGACCCGCCGAUGUCUCCGAACUCACGCUAGAUCCUGCGGGCGGACAGCGACGCAAUCCCAAGAAGAAGACAACCAUCAAGCAGCUCUUUUCGGUGGCGUCCAAGUUCCAGAAGACCCUCAGAAGGGGCAUCUACUUCUCGUGCAUCGUCCACUGCGAUGACAAGGUGCUGGUGACCAGCGAGGACUUUCCGCCCGUCAUCGAGAUCGACGAAUCGUAUCCGAGUGCCCUGCACAUGGACUACUACUGGCUAAUGAAGGUGGCCUGCACCUGGGACGAUGUCAAGUCGCUUCGCUCCGACAUGGAGCGCAAUCUCACGUCCGCCGUUCACUUCCGGACAAAGCUUUUGUCGGCCGUCUGCCAGAUGCAGUCGGCGCUGGGCUUCACGGAUCUCGGCCAGCUAUACUACAAGCCGUUGCGGGACUCGCAGGGCACCGUCGUCCUCACGUGCGUCCAGUCGGUGAAGAGCCAGAAGGCCGUCUCCAUACUCAACUCCCGCUGGCUGCCAGUCAGCAAGUUACAGAAGAAGCUCGGGGCCCUGCACGAGGACUACAACAUCAACGAGCUGCUCAUCUCAUCGAUUGGCGAACAGAUGCACUACCAGCAGGCGGCCCUGCAGCGGCUCGAGCCGGGCCUCUAUCUGGGCUAUCUGAAGAUGCAGUGCUCCAUGGACCAGAUCCAGGUGGUGGUGCCCGUGAAGACCCCCAAUGUGCUGCCCCACUGCAAGGUGCGCGAGAACAGCCACAUCACGGCCGAGGAGUGGCAGGUGCUACAUCGUAGCGGCGAUCCCCUACGCCUUCCACUGGAGUUCAGUUCGCCCGGCGGCGAACGGUCGGGCACCACAGAGGUGCAGCGCCUCUUCCUCUACGAUCUCACCAAUGCAAUGCACAAGCUGUUCGCUGGGAUGAACAUCAAGGCCUCGGAGGCCACCACCCACCGCCUCUACGACGUGGAGGUGAUCGAGCACAGUCCCGACAUCAGUUUCCUGGUUGUGUGCCCCUCGGCGGAGUCAUCGUGCGCGGUGCCCGGACAAUCGGAGCUGCUGCUGCAGCGCGACGAUCUAGCCAGCCUGAGCAUCCAGGCAUUCGAGAUGAUCCAUCUGCGCACGUACCAGCCGGCCAUUAUACAGAAGUAUGCACGGCUCUCGUGCAUCCUGGAGCUGGACACGGCCCUGGCCACGCACUCGCUGCGCGAGGCCUUCUCCAGCAGCGAACUGCAGGCGGCCAAGGAGCGACUGGCCACGCUGCAGGAGCUCAGCUCCAGCCUGACGCUGGUGUGGAAGAGCGUCCGAUGGCUGAUGGAUGUGGUGGCCUAUGCGCGCAACAAGAGUGCCCAGCCGUCGCUGGCCAUGCGGGAGAUCCUCGACUUUGCCCAGAUGCGGCAGGACGAGUUGUCCGGGGCGGGGGGCCAGUCCAAGCAGCUCCUGCAGCUGCCCGUGCGCGAGAGUAAGUUCAACAAAACAGGCACUGGGCGUGGCAGCUGGCCGGGACCCGGCACCAACGAGGAUCAGGCGCAGGCCAAGCCGGAGCACUCGAAAUCGGAGCAGAAUCUGGGCCAGACUGCAGUCACCCCAGUGGAUGCCGCGACAUCCAAGCAGCAGCAGUCACAAAUGCAACAGGAGCAACAGCAGCAGCUGCUCCAAGUAUCCACAAGUGGGUACGCGGCCUCCACGAGCUCGGAGGUGUCGCUACGGAAGAACAGCGGCGACUCCAUGAGUUCCACCUACACGACGCGCAGCUUCUACUCUGCCGUGGACUCCGUCUCGGAUGGGAACAGCAACAGCAGCGCCUUUGCCCUGCCACCGUCACGCUCCGAUGACACCCUGGCGGAUGCACUGCGACACUCGCAGGCGGUGGCAGCCCAACGGAAGCGCACCAGCUCCAACAUCGGGCACCAGACCUCGACGCCGCUCAUCACGGUGCAUAGUUCCAGCUCGGCUCCGUAUCUGGCCGGAUCGAGUGUGUCGCUGAGGAGCGGCAGCGGCGCCUUUGCCACAGACCUGGAGCACAAGCCGCUGAAGCCGGCGGUGAAGGCGGCAUCCAGUGCCAAUUUGCGCGAGGGCGGACCCUACCUGAAGAGCACCCUGGCCGAGCUGAGGGCUGUGGGCGGCGAGGAGCCGGUGGCCAGCACCUCGAAAGCAUCCUCCACGAAGAGCCUGUCUCGCCAGAGCAGCGAAGAGGACUCGGCCAGCUGCUCCAGCCUGAACACGGAGCAGGCACCGGGCAUCAUCCAGGUGUACACCGCCUACAAUACCGGACUGGCCAGUGGCACCAGCCUCAAGCUCCACGUAACCCCAAAGACAACCGCCCGCGAGGUCAUCAAUCUGGUGGUCAAGCAGCUCAACAUGGCCGUGGUGCUGAAAGGCAACAACGGUCCCAUCUACAGCGCCGAUAUGCUGGAGAACUUUUGCCUGGUGGCCGUGAUCGGGGCCCGAGAGCGUUGCCUGCGGGACGACUUCAAGCCGCUGCAGCUGCAGAAUCCCUGGAAGAAGGGACGCCUCUAUGUGCGAAAGAAGCACGAGCUGCUGGCUGCCAUUGAGCACUCCAACCGCAAGUCGCACUUGAUUUGAGCCGCCUCAGAGCUCAGAUGAUAAUGGAAUGAAAUUAUCGAUGGAAAUAGAAAAUGAUAGAUGGAUGAUAAAUCCGAUCCAACUAUUGUACAUUUGUUCGUGUGUUUGGUUCCACCCGUUCCACCACCUACCUGCACUCACCCGCAUCGCAUCGCAUUGCACCGCUCCACGACAAUGAUCACCAAUGAGAUCGUCGACCAAUUCCCAAAUUAGACUGAAUUACUUAUGUAUGCCCCGAAACAAAUGGCAAAAUGAAUGGUAUUAUUAUAUUUUGAAUAGUUUAGCGUUCUACAUAAGACCCCACCCACAUGCAAACAAACUAACUAACUAAACUAAUCCAUUCAAACAACAGAAAUAUUGUUAGUUGUUCUAGAUUAAAAAGGAGAUAGGAGAGAAGCAAAGGUUACACCAAUAU